CAAAGACUUGUGUUAAAGUAUUUCCAAGACUUGAGUGAAGAAGGAUGCUAGCUCCUCAGGUUUCUUGCUCUGGGUUUUUCUUGAUACUUCCUGCUUUUUUCUUAGUCAUCUUUGGGAUUUUCACAACCAACUAGGUCUCCCUUUUCUCUCUAUUCCUCUGAAUCCUUUCUGUCUCAACUUCGCAAUCAUAUUCUUUUGCUCAAACCUUUUACCCUUUAUAAAUACCAAGCUCACAAACAAAAGCAGGACUCACUCCUAGAAUCGAGUGCUGUUUUUUUCUUUUCUUAUUUCAAAUAUUUUCAUUAAUCGAUAUCCAUCUUACCCUUCACUCUGUCUCAUGGCUGAUAAUGAUAUCGCCAAUAACACAACUCUAAAGCUCUUUGGCUUCAACAUUUUAGAGAAUAUUCCUGUGGAUUCAAGAAAAUCUCCAUCUGGGUCUCCGGAAACGGAGACCGAAGGUCGAAAAUAUGAGUGUCAAUACUGUUGCCGGGAGUUCGCCAACUCCCAAGCACUGGGUGGCCACCAGAACGCUCACAAGAAGGAAAGGCAGCUACUAAAGCGCGCACAGAUCCAAGCAACACGUAACCAGCUAGCUUCUUCUUACGUCCCUCCUUCCAUGUUCUCCACCCUGAAGCCGCAUCCACCACAUCUGCAUCCCGCGGCGAUGAUUCCAGUGGCAGUGCAGCAGCAACAGCAACAGCAUCAUCUUCCUUCGUGGUUUUACAAGUCCUAUUUGAGUCUCAUGUCAAAUGGCGACGCAUUGGGUUCUGGGACUGAACCUGGAAGGCAUGUUGAAGGCGAUGGUCUGGCAUUGGAUGAGGAUUUGGGGUUUCACCCUAGAAAUUCAAUGGCGGCCUGGAGUACUGGGUUUACCAGAGAAGAGGCCGAGUCUCAACGGGAUAAGGGAUUAGGUAACGUGGACUUGCAUUUAAGUCUUUGAUCAGCUCUACCAUCAUCUGGGCUUGAUUCAGGAACAGCUAGAUUGCCUUGUUGAUGAUAUGGAGAGCCUUGUUGUGCUUAUGCCGUUAAUUAGCGGCAUGUACAUUUCCAAAUUUUUCUUAUUUUGGUUAAUCUUGUCCUCAAAUAUUUUUCAUCAACAAAUGGUCUUCAUGUC